AUGAACCGCCAGUCGACGAUGACGCUCCAGCAGCGGCUCGAGGCCGUGGACGACUUGGCAACCCUCUCCCCAGUGUCGGAGGACAUUAUCGUCUCGUGCCUCCGCGAACGAUUCAUGACCGACAACAUCUAUUCGAGUAUAGGUACACAUGCAGUCGUAGCUGUUAAUCCGCACAAAUACGUUGCCAGUAAUUCCGACGCCGUCCUCCACAAGUACGCUGCAGAGUACCGCGACACUACCGUUCCCACGUCCCCUCUGCCUCCACACAUAUUCCAGCUCGCCAACAAUGCCUACUACCACAUGCGGCGGACGAGUCAGGACCAGUCCAUUAUCAUGAGUGGUGAGACGGGCAGCGGCAAGUCGGAGAACCGCAGACUCGCCAUCAAGACUCUGCUUCAGCUCAGCGUCCCCGCACCCGGGAAGAAGGGCUCAAAGCUGGCAAACCAGGUGCCCGCAGCCGAGUUUGUCCUGGAGAGUUUCGGGAACGCUCGCACGCUCUUUAACCCGAAUGCGUCGCACGUUGGCAAGUACACGGAACUUCAGUUCACAGAGCGUGGUAGGCUCUGUGGCAUCAAGACUCUCGAUUACUACCUCGAGCGCAGCCGCGUCGCUGGGGCUCCUUCCGGCGAGCGGAAUUUUCAUAUCUUCUACUACCUCGUUGCCGGUGCUUCUCCGGAGGAGCGGCAGCACUUGCACCUCUCAGAGAAGACAAACUAUCGCUAUCUCGGACAGCGCACCGCUGCGGGAUCGCGUGCCCAUGGCGCCCGGGACGAGGACGCCGUGCGGUUUGAUCAGUUGAAGAUGGCGUUGAAGAACGUGGGAUUCUCGAAACGACAUGUUGCGCAGACGUGCCAGUUGGUUGCCGCCAUCCUCCAUCUCGGUAACCUUGAGUUCCAUGUUGAUCGCUCCCGGAACGAAGACGCCGCCGUCGUGCGUAACACGGAUGUCCUCGAUAUCGUCGCAGAUUUCUUGGGCGUGCAGCCGGCAGCGCUGGAAGCGGCGCUAUCAUACAGGACGAAGAUGUUGAAAAAGGAAUUGUGUACGGUCUUCCUGGAUCCCGACGGUGCCUCGGAUAACCGAGACGAACUCGCGAAGUCCCUGUACUCCCUCCUAUUUGCAUGGUUGAAUGAGCAUAUCAACCAACGCCUUUGCCGUGAUGACUUCAAUAUGUUCAUUGGACUAUUUGACUUGCCCGGCCCCCAGGACAUGACUAGUCGGCCGAACUCCCUGGAUCAGUUCUGCGUCAACUUCGCCAACGAGCGGUUGCAGAACUUCAUGCAGAAGAAACUCUUCGAGCGUCAUGUCAGCGAGUACACGACAGAGGGCAUCUCCCGCUUCGUUCCCCAGGUGCCGUACUUUGACAACUCGGAGUGUCUGCGCCUGCUGCAGAACAAGCCUGGUGGUCUUAUUCAUAUCAUGGAUGACCAGGCGAGGCGUCAGCCGAGGAAGACGGACCACACUAUGGCCGAGUCGUUCGCGAAGCGAUGGGGCAAUCACACAUCCUUCAAGGCGGGCACGAUGGAUCGUUCAGGUUUCCCCACGUUCACUAUCAAUCAUUUCAGCGGCCCCGUCACGUACUCGUCGCACGGAUUCCUCGAUAGGGAUUUGGAUGCCCUAAAUCCUGAUUUCGUCUCUCUUCUGCGAGGUGCAUCUGCGAGCACAACCGACGCUCCUUCAGCUGAUGGCUCAGGCUCGAUCAACCCUUUCGUCCGGGGACUGUACUCCGCGAAGGCCAUUGCUACUCAGGCCCAUCCUCGAAACGAGGAUACCAUCGUCGCAGCGCAGCAGCCGGUCAAGCCAAUGCGCGCGCCGUCGACGCGCAGGAAAAACACGAUUAAGCGGAUGCCGACGUUGAAGGAAGGUGACCUUGACGAAAAGGAAAGGGAAGACGAGGAGCCCCUAGGUACUGUGGGUACCGGUGGUGCCCCGUGCGUUGCGGGCGAGUUCCGCGCUGCGCUGGAUACGUUAUUCGAGACCCUCGAGGAAACCCAAUCGUGGUAUGUGUUCUGCAUCAACCCCAACGACUCACAGCUGCCAAACCAGCUGGAAGGUCGGUCUGUCAAGGGCCAAGUCAGGAGCUUGGGACUGGCAGAGAUUGCGCGGAGAUCGGUGAACGUGUUUGAGGUGACUAUGCUACCGGACGAGUUUGUGCAGAGGUACAAGGCGCAGAUAUCUUCGUUGGGCGUGGUCGAAGGUGAUCCUCGAGAAAUGGUCGAUCAGGCGAGAACGGUUCUAGGGCUACAAGAGAAAGACAUCGUCCUUGGUCUUCAUAAGGUGUUCCUGUCGCAAAUCGCGUUCCACUCCCUUGAGGACGAUCUUCGUUCCAAGGAUACUGAAGAGCUCAAACGCAAUAGGUUGCGUGACGCUGAGGCUGAGGCCGGCCUCAAUCCACGGGGAUUGGGUGACCCUUAUGCACCGUACGCUACGCCCGGCGCGGAUACAUCACCCUACGAAGAAGGCGGUUACAAUGACCCGUUCAGCCAAUCAAGUCAGGUUCUCCCUCUGGUUGCCAAUGCAUCUCCGUUCCAGCGUGCCGAUAUGUACGAUGAAUACGACGAACGAAAGUCGCUGCGGAGCGAUGACUACGAUGGUCGCAGCGCCUUCACUAGCCAACGCGAUAACGAGUCGACGUCCAACUUUGGCACUGAGUCGUAUGCGCCAUCGCGGAACAUGUUCCAGAACGCGGACAAGCAAGCAUUGGUUGACAAGGAGGCUCUUCCCGGAGAAAUUCUGGAAGGUGAGACCACGGAGGUGCUGAAGGAGAGUCUUCUUCGGCGCAGGUGGGUUGCUCUGUGUUGGAUCUUGACGUGGUGGAUCCCAACACCUCUGCUGUCGUUUAUUGGCCGUAUGAAGCGACCCGACGUCCAACAGGCUUGGAGGGAGAAAUUGGCACUCAACAUGCUCAUCUGGUUGGUAAUCGCCUGCUCGGUGUUCAUCAUCGUGUUCUUUGGUCCUUUGAUUUGCCCCACGCAGCAUGUCUUCAGCACCAGCGAAUUGGCUUCUCACUCAUACAAGUAUAAUCCAAACAAUGUCUACACGUCGAUUCGCGGUGAAGUUUUCGAUCUCACCAACAUUGCUGCUACGCAUCAGCGUGUCGUCAGUGUUGUUCCGGCGAAGUCAGUCUUGUCAUACGGCGGUACAUCUGCGGACAACAUCUUCCCUGUUCAGGUCAGUGCAUUAUGUAACGGGGUCACUGGUACAGUCAGUCCGUACGUCGUCCUGGAUUCUAGUAACGACACCGAUGUGAACGCUCAGUACCACGACUUCCGUGCGUGGACGGACGAUCCCCGCCCUGAUUGGUAUUUCGAACAGAUGGUACAGAUGCGAUGGAACAACCGUAUGGGAUGGAUGGGAUACACUAACGGGGCGCUGUCCAACAUGGCAAGCUCAGGCAGCUCCGUCGGCGUCUACAACGGGAUCGUCUAUGAUUUGACGUCUUACAUCCAGAACGGCCCCGCUACACCCAAGCUCAAUGAAAUCCUUCCCUCGGAUAUAGAUGUCCACUUCAUGGAUCAAAGCAUCGUGAAUGUCUUUCAGUAUAACUCCGGACAAGACGUGACAAAGGCGAUCAACGGCCUCGGUCUAGAUCCUCAAGUCCUUGCUUGGCAAACGACGUGUCUACGGAACCUGUUCGCCAUCGGCAAGGUGGAUAGCCGUAAUUCUCCGAAGUGUCAGUUCUCCACGUACUUCCUACUCUCUUUGUCGAUCAUCAUGGUUAGCGUCAUCGGGUUCAAGUUCAUUGCGUCCAUCAACUUCGGAUUUGCGCGUGCGCCCGAAGACCACGACAAGUUCGUCAUCUGCCAGGUCCCAUGUUACACAGAAGGCGCGCACUCGUUGCAGCAGACGAUCGAUUCACUUGCACAGACCAAGUACGACGACAAACGGAAACUCUUGUUCAUCAUUUGCGACGGUAUGGUUGUCGGCUCGGGUAAUGACCAACCCACCCCGCGGAUCGUGUUGGACGUCUUGGGCGCCAACCCCAAUGUAGACGCAGAGCCCCUCAGUUUCCUCUCUCUCGGUGAGGGCGCAAAGCAGCACAAUAUGGGCAAGGUGUUCUCCGGGCUCUACGAGACCUCCGGCCAUGUCGUUCCCUACAUUGUGGUCGUCAAAUGCGGCAAGCCUGGCGAGAAGCAAAGGCCUGGAAAUCGUGGAAAGCGUGACUCUCAAAUGCUCCUCUUACGUUUCUUGAAUAAGGUUCACUUUAACUCACCGAUGAGCCCACUGGAACUCGAGAUAUACCAUCAGAUCAAGAAUGUCAUCGGUGUCAACCCUUCGUUCUACGAGUACUGUUUCAUGGUCGAUGCCGAUACUACGGUCCAUCCGAUGUCCUUGAAUCGCCUGGUCUCUGCAAUGGUGCACGACAAGAAGCUUCUCGGAGUUUGCGGAGAGACGGAGUUGGCCAAUGCAAAACAUUCGCUCACCACAAUGAUGCAGGUCUACGAGUACUUCAUUUCCCAUCACAUGGCAAAGGCCUUUGAGUCUCUCUUUGGUUCGGUAUCUUGUUUGCCCGGUUGUUUCACGUUGUACCGUCUUCGCUCCCCGGACACACACAAGCCCCUUAUAAUCUCCAACCAGAUUUUAGAUGAUUAUUCAGAGAACCGGGUGGAUACCCUUCAUAUGAAGAACUUACUUCAUCUCGGUGAAGAUCGAUAUCUGACCACGCUCUUACUGAAGCACUUCCCGCAUUACAAGACCCAGUUCGUACGGGAUGCUCACGCGUACACAGUGGCGCCGGACGACUGGAGAGUUCUGUUGUCUCAGCGUCGGCGUUGGAUCAACUCCACUGUGCACAAUUUGGGAGAGCUGGUCUUCUUGGAUCAACUAUGUGGUUUCUGCUGUUUUUCUAUGCGUUUCAUUGUCAUGAUCGAUCUGUUGUCAACGCUCAUUCAGCCAGUCACUGUCGCAUACAUCGCCUACCUGAUCUACAUGGCCGCUGGCAAGCACGAGACCAUUCCAACGGUCUCCAUUAUCAUGAUUGCAGCUGUCUAUGGUUUGCAAGCGCUCGUAUUCAUCCUGCGGCGUAAGUGGGACAUGAUAGGGUGGAUGGUCUUUUACAUCCUCGCUAUUCCUAUGUUCUCACUAUUCCUCCCACUGUACUCGUUCUGGAGGAUGGACGAUUUCACUUGGGGUCAGACGCGUGUCGUCUUGGGAGAAUCUGGUAAGAAGUUGAUUGUGCACGACGAGGGCAAGUUUGAUCCCCGUUCGAUCCCGCUCAAGUCAUGGAACGAUUACGAAAACGAACUUUGGGACAAGGAAUCCAACCAUAGCGUUGGAUCCUGGGUGCCUCCGACGAAAAUGCGCAACGACGGUUAUGCCGAGUCCCACACUGCGUCCAUCUACGGCCGCGAGACCUUUUAUGAGCCAGCGAUGUCCCGCGUAUACUCACCCGCUCCUUCUCAGGCUGCGAUGAUGUACCCGCCACCUGGUUACCAGUCCGGCAGGAACACGCCCAUGUCCACAGGAGGGUACUCUCCUGGCGCGUUUCAUCAGCCAACGCCCUCGAGGCCAGUCAGUAACUAUGUAGACUCCGCCGUACCCAUGACGCGAAGUCCGGAGGAGUUGGAUUUCAAUACGGGUGGGCCAUCUGAUGCUGAUCUUGAACGUGCGGUCGAGGAUGUCCUACGCGAGGCAGAUCUAACGACGACGACGAAACGGGAGAUUCGCGCGAGGCUGGAGCAGCGGUUCAACAUGGAUCUGUCGUUGCGCAAGCGCGCCAUCAACGACGCCAUCGACAGGAUCCUGGUGAACCGCGCCGUGUGA